AUGCAUUGUGAAUUUGCUUCCACAGAGCGGAAUCAGCGCCUUCCUCCCCCACAAGCAGUUCCUGUACACUUGGAUGUACACCCCUUGCACGACUUCGAGAUCAUCGGCCGCACCGGGCCGUACUGGGUAGGCCUGCGCCGCCGACAGUCGAGCUCCCAACUGGUCUUACUGCACCGCGUGCAGCAGACGAGCUUGGCUGACUUCCGAAGGCUGUCGCGGGUGGUGCAUCCUCACAUUUCGCGGCCCGUAGGCCUCUACCUCGUCAAGCUCGACGCCUAUAUUGCGUUUGAGCACACGGAGCUGGAUGUUCACGAUCUUCCUUUCCGGUCCGUGGCCGACGUGGGGAAUAUCAUGGCGCAGGUAAUGCGCGCUAUUCACUUUUUGCUUGACCAUCGCAUUGGAUUCCGCAUUCAUGGAAUCAGAUUGUCGUCUACCGGCUGUGCCAAACUAGGUGAGACAACGAGUGGCGUAUGCUAG